AUUCUUCAAGUGCUGCAAUACUACAAGCGACACUUUAAUUUACAUCCUCGUGAGAAGUUGAAGUACCCGCCUGUCAAACAAGAGAAUCAAUUUGUUUUCCCUCAAUUAAAUAUCAAUUCUCUUCAUCAUGCAUUCCCUCCGUCGCGCAGCUGCUAGAGCAGCGUGCUCAUCCUCCAUCGCUGCCGUCGCUGUCCCUCGACAGCAGGUUGCUUCCCUUGCCAUGCGCAUGGGAAGGGCCAACGCGAAAUCCGCUACUGCGGUGCUACCGCUAACCCGCUACUUCUCGCAGACGUCGCGGAUGGCCAACGAAGAGUCGGAGAAGGUCGAAGAGGGAACUACCACUCCGGCCGAAUCGAGAUCUAAUGCUAACAGAGGCCAUGGCAUCUAUGUCUCCAAUAUCAACUUCGAUGCUACUGACGCUCAUCUUCGGGAGGCGUUCGAAAAGUUCGGAGAGAUUAUUCAGUUGAACUUAGUUCGGGAUAAUCGUGGUGUCAGCAGAGGCUUCGGUUUCGUUACAUACGCUGAAAAGGAGUCCGCCGAAAAGGCGAUUGCGGAGGCGCACAGAUCGUUUUGGCAUGGACGAUGCAUCCAGGUACUACCCAAAAGCGAGAACACGAGAUCAGAUCGACCCCGGCCCGAUAACCUUCCCAAGGAACCCACCAGCUCACUAUUCAUUGGCAACAUCCCGUACGAGACGACAGAUGCAGACCUCAACCAGCUGUUCCAGGGAUUGGAGAAUGUAACAGACGUCCGCGUUGCCGUCGACCGUAACACGGGCUGGCCGCGCGGUUUUGCCCAUGCCGACUUCACUGAUGUCGAGAGCGCUAUUGCGGCCUUCGAGAAACUGUCCCAAUGCAAGAUCGGUGACCGCGUCCCCCGCAUCGACUACUCAACUCCCCGUUCACCAAGCUACUCAAACCGAAACAACAGGGGAGGGCAACAAAACGAAUUCGGGCACUACAAUGAAUAGAGUGUGGUUGGGUGACUGACGAUGGGGAUGAGGUUUUUUUUUCCCUUCGGGUCGUCGGUUGCGAGUCCGGUGUUGCGCCUCUUAAGUUUACGUAGCCACGGAUAUAUAUGAUGAGGUUGACGAUGGGAUAUGCAAACUAUGGGAUCGGGAAACGCAGGCCCUAUUUGCCUGACACGACGUGGAUGAGAUCUGGUCCUUAGCUUAUAUGUCCUACCUUCUUUAAGAGCUGGGUAAUCGGGCCAUUGUAUGUAACAACACACGCAUAUUCAUGGUGUAAAAGAACCGUAUUCAAAUUAGAGUCCCAUGCGGUUGCCACGAAAUGAUUUCAUGUAUAAAAGGGACUGAAUAUAUGACAUCUCCGUUCUA